AUGAAGACGAAAAGUUUAGCUGAGGAAAUUAAAAGCUGGGGUCUCUACCACGCAAUAUACUGGAGUAGUGAUCUAAACUCGUGGGGUAGUUUGUGCGACUGGGAUCUUUAUUUUAUCGACAAGAAUCCUGAAUGUACUAAAGAACAAGCACAUCAGUCCCUGAGUCUUGAACUUGAUAUCCUCCUUAAGAAUAUGCCAAAUAGAAGUCUACAGUAUUCCAAUGCAAAAGCCUUGAAAAAAACUUUGAAGAAUUCUGAUAAAGAUUCCGCGAAUAAUUUGAUAUGGAAUGAACAUCUUACAAAAUUAACAGCACUGGCUGUUUCAGAUCGCGUACAUAAACGCAAAAUCGAAAGUAUUACUAUACAAGAAGAGAUUGGGCGAGCCGAAGAGCAGAUGUCAAAACGUCAUCAACGUGAACAUACUCCGGAAGAUAAGAUAAAAACUAUCAACGUAGAUGAGGUCCCGUCUGCUACGACAACUUCGUUAUAUGCUCCGUCUUCUCCACCUAGUCCUGUUGACGAGGAAUAUAUAAUGGUAAAAGAUCGUAGUUACUGUUUGGACUACCUUACUGGUCCUGGUGUCCCCGAAUGGCAACUGGACGAAGGUUCAACUCGAUGGAUCGUAAACAACACCGACAUCACUGAGGUAUGUCGUGAAUAUCGUACAAUUCUUAUUAAAAAAUGUGAAUCGAUGGAGGUUACUCUGAGUGCUACGGAAGAACUGGCUUUAAGCCAUGUGUUCGUAUUUCAAGAAGAAAAUCCCUUUGGGUUAUGUGAAUACUUUGAAGACAAAUUGUGGGAGGAACUUUUUUCCGAGUUUCAUAGGUUGUAUCCGUACCCAUCGAUCCCGAAUAAAAUUAGUGAUUUAUUUGUAAACAUCGUCAAGAUCGCGUGUGAAAAUCCAAACCAUGUAGAACGUCAAAAACUCGCAAGGCGUUGUUUACGAGAUUUUGAAGCCACAAUUGAAGAUGAUGAGAUAAUUGUGGAGAUGUUCAGGGAACUGAUUGACAACGAACAAACUUCGUUCACAAGAAGAUAUACCGUUGAAGAUACCCACACCAUUAAAAAUAUCACCCCGAUAGUAUUGAGACCGUUCUUCAAGAAUAAUAGAAAAAUUACUUUCGAAGGGGCGAAUAAAAUGUCAGAGUCGCCAGCAAGCGCAAAAAGAAGAUUUGACCCUGUACUUCUAGUUUCGGAAGAUCUCAUAUCCCUUGGGAAAACGAUGAAAAGUGCAAUAGAUAAAUCCAUCAAAGACGGCGCAGACGACCUCGUCAUAUGUGGAAUGCAGAUAAUUGGGUUCUUGGGAAGAGCCUACGUUAUGGACCUCCGGUUUGAAGGAGUUUAUCGAAUGAUAUUAAUCGGAGAGUUUGAACUUCCGAGGGGCUCCACAUCGUGGGGUACUGUCUUACAGUGCUACCAAGUCCUGAGCAUAAUUCGGGCUAUAGUCAAUGAUGGGGCCACUUCGUACCAGACUGCAAUAAGAAUGAAAAAUCAAUCGAAGUCAAAAAUGAUGAUCAAGCCAAUGUUUCACAGUCCGAUAAAGCAACAAGUGAAAGUUUAUUUUGAUAAGAUAGUUUCCAAUUCACAAAUUGUGGCUCUUAUAGUUAAUAUGAAUAAAGUUGCAUAUGUCACU